AUGUCCAAGAUGCUCCUCAACUUGCUGACUUUGGGGUUGUGGUCGAAGUUUGGGCGUUUGACUCAUUACGCAUUCGAUGCGGUUCUCUUUUCCGCCUUCCUCGCUGGCAUGAAGCGUUCGACCGGUUUGACGCCCAGUUUCAAGACUGACAGAGCCGCGGGCGAGAACAAGGACGUCUCGAAGUGGAUCGACAAAUAUCUUGGUGUAGGCGAGUGGGUGAUGGACCAGUCGGUUGCGAUCGCUGGAUCCAGCGGCUGGUUCGAGCGGACACGAUAG